CCACAGCCUGCCUCGCGCGUCGAGGGCGUCCCGACUCCCACCCCUGGCCGACCGCCGCCGGGCCUCGCAGCUUCCGAGGCGGCCGCACGCACGGUCCAGAUAGAGUUUCCCCAGCACAGCUCGUCGCUGCUGGAAACCCUGAACCGCCACCGGCUGGAGGGGAAGUUCUGCGAUGUGUCCCUCCUGGUGCAGGGCCGCGAGCUCAGGGCGCACAAAGCCGUGUUGGCCGCCGCCUCCCCUUACUUCCACGACAAGCUGCUUUUGGGGGACACGCCCCGACUCACUCUGCCCAGUGUCAUUGAAGCCGACGCCUUCGAGGGGCUGCUGCAGCUCAUCUAUUCCGGACGCCUCCUCCUGCCGCUGGACGCCCUGCCUGCCCAUCUCCUCGUAGCCAGUGGCCUUCAGAUGUGGCAGGUCGUAGAUCAGUGCUCAGCGAUUCUUAGGGAACUAGAAACGUCAGGCGGUGGCAUCUCCGCCCGUCGAGGAGGCUCCUGCCACUCGUUGCCCGCCGCUUCUCCGGCAGGCCGCUGCGUCCGCUCCUCCGCUGGCCAGAAACCCGCGCAGUCCUUCGCCUCUGCAGAGAGUUGCGCAUCUCCUGGGAGCCCCGGUGGAGGUGAGGGCAGUGAAGUGGGAGAAGUGCUGCAAAUUCAGGUGAAGGAGGAGGAGGAGGAGGAAGAGGAGGAGGAAGAGGAGGAGGAGGACCGCUGGGCAGCAGCCUCACACUCUCAGGUUCCUCGGCCUCAGAGAGUAUCGUGCGAGCUUCCCCGUGCUCAUGGAUCCUAUCAGGUGCCCAAACCUGCUCCUUCUCACAGGCUUGCAGAGGGUGAGAGUCCAGCCCUUGAGCCCUCUGCCCCUUCUACAGUGCCCCCCCAGAUCACCCCCGUUAAGCGGGACUCCUUACAGUUCAAGGGAGAAAUGUCCGGAGGUGGCAUUCCAUCUGGAGGAGCAAAGGAGGAGACCAGAGCACUUCCUGGAGGAGACGUCGAAGGCAAUGGGGAGCUGAGGUUCCUACUGUCCUCCGGAGCAGGGGCGACCUCUGGAGGAGGAGGUCCGUCUUGGAAGCCCGUGGAUCUCCAUGGGAAUGAAAUCUUGUCGGGGGGUGGAGGGCCUGGAGGAGCGGGGCAGGCUGUGCAUGGGCCCGUCAAGCUAGGGGGGGCACCGCCUGCCGAUGGGAAACGCUUUGGCUGCUUGUGUGGAAAGCGGUUUGCGGUAAAGCCCAAACGAGACCGGCACAUCAUGCUGACCUUCAGUCUUCGCCCUUUUGGGUGUGGCAUCUGUAACAAGCGCUUCAAGCUGAAGCACCAUCUCACGGAGCACAUGAAGACCCAUGCCGGCGCCCUCCAUGAUUGUCCCUACUGUGGCCGUCAGUUCCGGGUCCACGCUUGUUAUCUUCGCCACCGCGAUCUGUGCAAGGGCCAGGGCUGGUCCACUGCACACUGGACUUACAAGUGACUGCUAAGGCAGUCAGCUGACCUCUGGGACAAGAUAACCACUGCUACUGUUGUUACCAGCCCUUCAUCGUCCCAGUCCUGGCUCUCGGAACCAUGCCGAGACAGUAGGAGACAGUACCUGUGUUCUGGAUCCUUUGAGCCGAUGAGCCUCACCCUGGUAGAUUUGGAAGACCAGCUUCCAAAGUUUUUUAACGGCCUUGUGGGAAAGUGGCUUACAGGCCGUACUUAAAUGGAUCACUCACCCACUGCAGGUCCUUUUGUAUUGACAUCCAUGAGGAAACCAGGUUUCAAAUUAGAAAAUGAGUGAGAGAUUAAUCAAAGUGAUGUAAUGAUAGCUUAUUUAGUCUCCUUGAGGAGUUAAGGGAGCUGUGCUCACACUAGGACGAUGAUGUGCCUCUCAGAUACUCAAGCUAAGCUUGAUAAGGCCUGCAAUCUAAGUAAGCUCUCCUCUCCCUCCCUCAUUUCUGGAAUGAUUUGAGCAGCAUUCUGUUUAUAUAUUUGUUCCUUUCUA